CCGCACGAGCCGAUACUUCAGUCGUGUCGCCCUCCGGUUUACCCUGUUCUCCGUCGGAAUGGCGGCCGCGGCAGCGACGGCGUCGACGUUCUCCUUCGGCUCCCUCCCCCUUCCAAGAGCUAAACCGUCUUCUUUCUCCAUCUGCUCCGUUAAGCCCCUCAUUUCCCUUUGUACCCCUGCCGGCUUCUCUAUUCCCCGGUCGUCCUCCCUCCUCCACCCCUUCCCUCUCCCCGCCAAGAGGCGGGCCAGUUGCGGCUUCCUCCGGUGCUCCGCGGUCCAAGAUGUUGCUGUGGAGCCGGAGCCGGCGGCGGCGGCUGUGGAGGAGGAUGAGAUCGGGGAGAAACGGCGGAAAGUCUACGUGGUGAACUUGCCGUGGGACUUCUCCGCGCCGGACAUCGAGAAGCUCUUCGCCCAGUGCGGCACUGUCAAAGAUGUCGAGAUAAUUAAGCAGAAGAAUGGAAAAAGCAGGGGCUUUGCCUUUGUCACGAUGGCGUCCGGGGAGGAGGCACGCACUGCUGUGGACAAGUUGGACGCAUAUGAGUUGACGGGAAGGAUAAUCAGGGUAGAAUUUGCGAAGAGCUUCAGGAAACCACCACCUUCUCCCCCACCAGGUGCAGUUGCAAUUGAGCCACGUCACAAGAUCUAUGUAUCGAAUCUUGCUUGGAAAGCCAGGUCUGUCAACCUGAAAGAGUUCUUUGAAAAGUUUAAACCCCUCUCGGCCAGAGUAGUUUUUGAAAACCCAACAGGAAGAUCUGCUGGAUAUGGCUUUGUUGGUUUCGCCACAAAGGAGGAAGCAGAAGCAGCCAUUUCUGAACUGGAUGGGAAGGAAUUGUUGGGCAGACCUGUUCGUUUGAGAAUAAGUCAAAGGACUGAGGAUAAAUCUGAAAGUGAACCUGGGGAUUCAGACAGCACAAAUGAACUAUCAGAUGAGUCUUAGAGGCAGUAAAUUUCCAACUUUUUUUAUUUAUAUCAGCAAAGGGGACAAGACAUGUGUUGACAUGUCAUGACAGUCAUGUACAGCAGCCUUGCUGUUAAUACACAGAGAAAGAAGGCAUGUAACUUUAAUUACUGAUACUUUUAACUGCCCCUGAGUAUAUAUUCUUUUCAUCUACUCCGAUAGAAUUUUAUUGUGUAUGCUUGCAGUUUCUAAUAAACAGGGAUGUUCUUAUGGAGUA